AUGCUGCUGCUGUGCUUCCUCGCGCUGCUGGCCACGUGCAGGCCUGUGCAGGCCACGUGGAACACCUGCGAAGGGAACUGCGGAGUCCGGCCCUUGACUUCCGAUGAGGAACGAGGCAUGACACGCGUCGUGGGUGGCAAAAAUGCUGAGGUCGGGGCCUGGCCCUGGCUUGUCAGCAUCCAGGAUCCCUCGGUUUCGGGCACGGGGCAUCUGUGCGGAGGGUCCCUCAUCAGUACAAAGUGGGUCCUCACGGCAGCCCACUGCUUUGCUGAGUCCAGGAACAUCAGCGCCAUGCGCCUGCUGAUCGGGGCCACCCAGCUGACAGAGCCAGGCCCUGAGGCCCAGGUGCGCCUGAUUAAGCGGCUGGUGAUUCACAAGGAAUACAGUCCUGCUGACCAGAGCAACGACAUCGCACUGCUGGAACUGAACGAGCCCGUCCAGUGCAGCUCCCACAUCCAGCUGGUGUGUGUGCCCAAUGCCACGGUGAACGUGGCACAGCUGAAAACCUGCUAUGUCGCUGGCUGGGGUGCCACCACUGCAAGAUCUCAAAAAUCAAGUGAUAUCCUGCAGGAGGCCAAGGUCCACCUUAUCAAUGUCCAGAUCUGCAACAGCAGUGAGUGGUACCAGGGGGACGUCCAUAGCCACAACUUGUGUGCUGGCUACCCGGAGGGUGGCAUCGACACCUGCCAGGGUGACAGCGGGGGUCCACUAAUGUGCAAAGACAACGACGCUGACUUCUUCUGGGUUGUCGGAGUGACCAGCUGGGGCAGAGGCUGCGCCAGAGCAAAACGGCCUGGAAUAUACACUUCUGUUAAGCACUUCUAUGACUGGAUUCUGCUCCAGAUGGAAAUGCUUCCAUAUGCAUGGAGUCCUUAUACAACUGCCUCACCACCCUGGACUCAUCCUACAAAUGCCCCAUGGCCCACUCAGAAGCCAUGGACGAGACCACCUGCCACUCAGAUGCCAUGGACAAGACCACCUACAACUCAGAAGCCAUGGACGAGACCACCUUCCACUUACAACCCAUGGCCAACAACACUGCCCACUCCAAAGCCAUGGCCAACAACACUGCCUGCUCCGAAUACAUGGCCAACAGCACCGCCUCCUCCAAAGCCAUGGCCAACAACACUGCCCCCUCCAAAACCAUGGCCAACCGCACCGCCUCCUCCAAAACCAUGGCCAACCGCACCGCCUCCUCCAAAACCAUGGCCAACAACACUGCCCCCUCCCACUCCGAAGCCAUGGCCAAAACCAACCCCCACUCCAAAGCCAAGUUCGAUACCCCCACCAGUGGCAGAGAAUAAUAACUGCCCAUUUCCACUCAAGAAGCUGAUGGAAUUCUUCACUCAGAUGCAGAAGCUCCUGAAGAACCUACAGGGGAUUCCAGUUUGAGCAGGAGAAUGGACAGGAUCCAGUGCAGGUUGCAUAGGACCGUGACUGUUUCCUGCUGAGGCAACGCCUGCUGAUCCAAAGGCUGCCUCAGUGCCGAAGGCCUGCUCUGUC